AUGAAGUCGCAUGUGCAAGAGUCCCUUGCUUUGUUCACAACAAGACUUUUAUCAAACAGUUGUAGUCGUUACCAUUGUUCCUCUUGUUCGUCUGACCAGAAUGGUUCUGGGUUUGUCUCUAUUAAGCCCGAGGAUGAUGCUGGAAUCGUUCAUCAAGAAUUUCAGAAAUGGAAUAAUGGAGGUGGUACUUUCCACAAGUCAGCUUGCGUUGAUCCAACAGUUCACAUAGAAUUUGGCGCAGUAGUCCAUUCAGAAUCUGUGCUGGGUGCAAAUGUUCAUGUUGGAUCAGGAGCUAUAAUUGGACCUGCUGUCACAAUUGGUCAAUCAACGAGAAUAGGGUACAAUGUUGUGCUUAGUAAUUGCACAAUUGGUGAUUCAUGCGUAUUCCACAAUGGGGUGUGCAUAGGUCAAGAUGGAUUUGGGUUUUUUGUGGAUGAAUGUGGAGACAUGGUGAAGAAGCCUCAGGUUAGUGGUAUUUAA